AUGGUCACGUCGAGUGGUGUUAGUUAUUUUGUCAGUAAUGAUCAUCUAGACUGGUCUGACUGUAACAGAGCAGGAGAUGGUUUAAUCGAAGCUACUGCCACCCAUAAUGGUAAGGUAAUUCCUGUGGAAGUGAUUGAAAGACAACCAAGGGUGUACGCCAUUACAUUUACUCCAGACACACCCGGAAGUUACAAAAUUAGGAUAUUCUACGAUGGGAAAGAGGCGAAAUGUUCUCCGUUUAUUCACGUCAUUGAUGCCUUAAUGAUGCCGAUAGCUUACGGAGAUGGACUCGUUUAUGCUUUCGAAGGAAAACCCUGUAUUUUCUAUGUUAACCCUUACGGACAAAGGGGAAACUUAUCAGUUCAAAUCAAAGGACAAAACUCGGAGCUUCACCCAACUAUGACCCUUGAUCCAAACGGACACUAUAAAGUCUGUUAUAAACCAGUUGAGCUGGGAAGACAUUCAAUUCACGUGAAAUGGAGCAAUCAACCCUUGGAAGGCAGUCCUUUCCACCCGGUAGUUGUAAACCCAGAUAGAGUGCGAGUGUUACUAGGUUCCAAUAAUUUACUAAAUGCUGCCGAACUCCAAUCCAAUGACAAAAUCCGAGUCCCACUUGUGGUGAAUGAACAGAAGCAGUUGGAGUUCCACACGAGAGAUGCCGGACCAGGUGAAUUAACUGCAGAAGUGAUAGGACCCUCAAAGAAAGUUCCCAUCAUCAUAGACUCUCCCAAUUCGACCACCAAGAUUAUUAGUUUUACCCCAAGAGAAGAAGGAUCCCAUCAAAUUGAAGUCUUCUGGUCUGGUUAUCCGUUGCCCCGUUCACCGUACGAGGGUUAUGCCACCCAGCAACAAGUACCUAAUGUGAGACCAGACGUACCGCUCUUUCUCUCGGUUCCAAAUGACAAACGGCCCAUAACUCCAACUUCUAGCGUAUCUUCAAGCGGGAAGCGAAGUCCGAGCUUCCCCAAAGUGAUUCUGAAAGGAUAUGGAUUGAAAGAAGCCAAAGUUGGUUAUCCUGCCAGCUUCACGGUGGAUGGCACCGAUGCCGACUAUGGUGAACCCUACGCAAAACUCACUGGUUACAACCAACAGGAUGCUGUUGAAGUCUUCACUCGACAUCUUGGUCACAACGUAUACAUGUGCGAAUACACCCCUGUAAAACCAGGAGCACAUCUCCUCUCUAUAUUAUGGAACGGUCGCAAACUGAAAGGAUCACCUUAUAAAGUAAACGUGCAUCCACCGGAUUAUCAUCAAAAGAUCUUGAUGGUGGAUGAUUUUCCUAAAAGAUUACAGAACCCCACAGUUGGGAGCCGGCUUAGUCUAAAGUUCAACCCACAAGACAGUGGAAUGGGUAUGUUGACAGCUGAGUGCUUAGGUCCCUCCGGCCUAGUCCCCUGUCAUGUAAACAGGAAUCCAGAUGGAACCCAGAGCGUGAGAGUCACCCCAAGGGAACCAGGAAAACAUUUACUUCAAAUCAAAUACGAUGAGAUCCACGUUAUGGGGAGUCCAUAUGAACUUGAUGUGGGUGUGUCAAAGCACACAGGAAAGGUCGUGGUGAGCGGACCAGGAUUACAAGAUGGCAUCCUUGACCAUUAUAACAGUAAUUUUAUGGUAAAUACUCAGAAUGCUGGACCCGGAGAACUGAAAGUCAGCAUCAUGGGACCUAAAGGCGCCUUCAAGACAGAAAUGCAUCGCAACAGUCAUGCAGACAAGAUCUUCACCUGUUCUUACAGACCAAUCGAGGCCGGAGUUUACACGAUUCACGUGAAAUGGUCAGGAGUCAAUGUUUCUGGGAGUCCAUUUAUUGUUCAUCUGGCAGAAACAAGAGAAGAACUGAGCCGCAUGUUAUUCGAAAGGAUUUCUAUGACACACGAGCCACGGUACCCAGACACCUUAUAUUAAUAGGGGACCAGAUGCACAUUGAUGGACCCUACAUUCUGGAAGAAUCCGUGCGAGCUCCUUAAACUACAUAUUAAUUAAAAAGGGAUCAAUGGAUGUAAAACAUAAUUGCAAAUACAAAUAUUGUUAUAUUUUGA